GAGGAUGGAAAAUUUUUUUCCACUCGCGGCUAGCGAAAACAUAAUACUUUAGCUGGCGAGCUUCUAGACAAUUGACAGUCUAGUCAUGAUUUGGCGGGCAAUAUUUGAAAAGCAUAUUUAUAAUAAAUAUAUUAUUUAAGACAGUAAAUAAAAGAUCUCAUUCGCUUGUUCGAUUAUUUAUAUAAGUGAAAUUCAAAAUAUACUUUAAAUACCUAAUUGUAAAGCAUUAGCAAGGUUUUAAAUACAAAACAUCAAUAAUAUGUAUUAGUUAUAAGACAAUGGGAAUGUAGCAAUUUUACAUCAUUAUUUGGAAUUUCUUUAAUAGAAGGUUUGUUCAAACGCCAAUUUUGAGUUUUUUCUUAACCUAAUUUCCUUUGUUUAGUAAUAUUGUUAUUGCGCGGAAUAUUUCUAUUUUCCUCUAGUACUAUUAUUGAUCUGCUUCCUUCUGCAUUUAGCACAGCUUCAAUGAACGGUUAAACGUUUUGUUUUAUUUCAUUCUGUCAUUGAGGAAAUUAGAUCAAUUUGAGCACAUAUCAAGCCAGUUUUUUAAAUGUAAUUUUUCUUUGUCUAACUUGGGAUCAUGCAUUAUCACCAUCUUCAGUUUCCUUAAUAUGUUCUGUAUUUUAUUUUCAGAAGUAGAUUCUUAAAUUAUUAGGGCAUUGAUAUCAAAAUAAACUUUAUUGUGUAAGUAAUGAUUUAUAGCGGGUACCACUUAAUUUUACAUACUCAUAACAACACCACACAUUUGGGCACAUUUUGACGGAAAAGUGAUGAAAGUAAAACAUCAAACCACUCCAGUUUCAGCAACUAAUAUAAUAAAUUACCUACCCACUUAAAUUCUAGACAAGAAAAUCGUGUGAAAUUUUAAUCAUGUGCUUUAGGUGAAUUAUUAAUAAAAAAGAUUUAAAAUAAACAGCUUAAUACAUAUUUCAUUUUCUCUCUGGUAAAAAGAUUAUUGCUUUUGUCCUCUUUCAACCAUCUGGACAUUUGGUCUUCUUAACUUUCAUAAGUGGUCAGCCGACACCCGCUGCGCCGAUGUUCCUAAAGUCUUUGUUUUCAAUUGUAUCCUAUGUAGUUUGAUUUUUUUUCUUUGUCUUUCAAACACAUGUUUAAGAAUCCAGAUAUUUUGUGACACAAACCUACCUUUGAAAAGUUAUUUUAUUUUUAAAACUUUGUGUGACUUCAGUGACUUGUGAAGUUCCAACUAUAAAGUUUCUUGGUUUUGUUUUUCUUCCUUAUUUUAUUAUAUUCUAACACGAAAUAAAAUGAGUAAUAUCGAGAGAAGUUUUAUAUGUUGUAUUUGUAAAGGACCAUCCUUCUCAAAACAGUCAAAUCUUAGGGCCCACGUAAAAAAGUUCCAUCCAGACAAACUGGAGGAAUUGGCACCAAAAAAUGUUAAAAACGUAGCAGCUAUAUGCAAUGAAUGCAAUCAGACUUUCUCAAAAUACUCCAAUUUGAAAGAGCAUGUCCGGACAUUUCAUCCAGAAAAAAUGGAAGUCUUAAUCAAAGAUAAGUUUUAUCUUUACAAAUGCAGUGAAUGUUCCAAGCAAUUUUCGGGUUUAGCAAAUUUCAACGCUCAUAAGAAAAUACAUACAACUCCGAAAAUUGUUUCCCACCGUAAGCCCAAACAAUUGAAGUGUCCUUUAUGUAAAUAUGAAGAUAUCAAAUCGAAGUUAAUACACCAUUUUGGAGAAAAGCAUGAAGUUGUUGUUAAAGCUGAAAAUAUGCAAUUUAAUUCAUUAGAAGAAUUUCAUUUUUGGAAAUUGGAAGAGGAAAAAACAACUAGAUCAUUUUUUGUAAAGAAUCGUAGUUCCAGUAAUGUUUCAAAUGGCACUAAAACAAUAUAUAAUUGUCAUAGGUCAGGAAAAUACAUUGCUAAAGGAAACAAUAAAAGACAUUUAAAAUACAAAGGCUCUAACAAAAUAAAUGCUUUCUGUCCAGCCAAUAUUACAGUCAUUCAAGAAGCAAAUAUCUGCAAGGUAGAUUAUGUUAAGAUGCAUAUUGGACAUCAGAAUAACUUAGGUCAUUUAUUUUUAAGUCAGGAAAAAAAGCGGGAAUUAGCUAGUAAAAUAGCUGCAAAGAUUCCAUUAGCUGCCAUUUUAGAUGAAAUUAGAGAUUCUAUGACAAGUGCAAAUUUUUCAAGGAUUCAUCUUCUAACUAAAAAAGAUUUGCAUAAUAUUGAACAAACAUACAAUCUAAAUGCAACACCUGUCAGACAUAGGAAUGAUGCCAUAAGUGUCCAAGCAUGGGUAAAUGAACUACAAAAAAGUAAUAGUGUACUUUUCUAUAAACCGCAAGAUGAUUUAUCAGAAGAGCACUCAUGUUUAAAAAGAGAAGAUUUUGUUUUAAUUCUAAUGACCGAAGGUCAAAAGGAGAUGCUUGACAAAUUUGGGGGUGAUUGCAUUUGUGUAGACGGAACACACGGAAUAACUAGUUACGGAUUUGAAUUGGUAACAUUAUUGGUUCUUGAUGAUAUGCGAGAGGGAUUUCCAUGUGCAUUUAUGAUAUCCAAUAGAACAGAUGAAGACGUUAUGUGCAUAUUAUUUUCUUGUAUUAGAAAAAGUUUGCAAUCAAAAAUUUCGCCCAAAGUAUUCAUGUCGGAUAUGGCAGAAUCAUUUUUUAAUGCAUGGAUAAAAAUUAUGAGUCCUCCAGAAUACAGGCUAUAUUGUUGUUGGCAUGUAGACCGCGCAUGGAGGAAGAAUCUUUCGAAGAUUUCUGCUAAGGAUAUGCAAGUAGUGGUCUACCAACAAUUGCGUACCUUGCUUCAAGAAACGGAUGUAAAAGCAUUUUCACUUAUGUUGGAGACAUUUUUAAAAAGCCUCUACGAAAAUGAGGCUACCUUGGAGUUUGCAAAUUAUUUUAAAAUCCAUUAUGCUAAUAAAGUUGAUAGUUGGGCUUAUAGUUAUCGUCUAAAUAGCGGUUUGAACACGAACAUGCAUUUAGAACGUAUGCAUCAUACCAUAAAGUAUAUCUAUCUAAAAGGCAAACAUAACAAGAGACUAGAUAGGGCUAUUUCUGCUCUAUUGAAGUUUGUAAGAGAUAAACUGUUUGAUCAAUUAAUAACAAUUCAUAAAGGUAAACUGUGUACUAAAUUGAGAGAACUAAGGUCGAGGCAUAAGUCAAGCCAAGAACUUGAUCACAACUUAGUGAUAAAAAUGGAUACUGUUUGGCAAGUUCCUUCAUCCACAACUCAGGAAAUAUAUUUGGUAGAGCAAAGGAAAGUUGAUUGUGCUUGUAAAAUCGUUUGCUUGGAAUGUGAUGCUUGCUUUCACCAAUAUUCGUGUACAUGUAUAGAUUCAAGCGUCAGAUAUAAUAUGUGUAAACAUAUACAUUUAGUAUGCCGAUAUGAACAACACCUACCGGGUGAAAAAAAUGCAGAAUCACUUAUAACAGAAACGGACUCGGAUCAAGAUGGCAAUGCCCUAAUAAUUCAAGAAUGUACUUCUGAAAAUAAAAUACAGGAUUUAGUUAAGGUAUUAAGUUCUAAGGAAACUGAAGAUGGUGAUAAUGAUGCCAAGUUAGACAAAGAAAAAUUAAAUUUAAAAAACUGGAUAUGGGAUCAAAUUGAUAAAAUCUCCUCAAUGACAGAGCUAAAUGAAAUCAAACGUUUAACCGCUCCAAUUGAAGCUGUGCUAAACGCAGUUAAGGAAGGAAGCACAUCAAUAAAAAUACCAGAAGAAAAUAUAAAGAUUCCGCACAAUAAAAAUAUUGUUAAACAAAGGAGAUUGUUUUCGGUUAAGAAAAAAUCUAAAAGGGAAAAUCAGCGUGUUAACAAACCUUCUAUUAGUGAUAUUCAAAAUACCGCUGUAAAAUUGUUACAUCCUUAAUAAAUUUGUAAUAUAACUAUUACACAUA